AUGUCAGAGGAUGACCGUUUAAAGAAGUUCCAGGAGGCUAAUAAGAUAGUCUUUGAUCCUAAUACUAGACAGGUUUGGGAGAGUCAGAACAAAGAGGAAAGAGUGGCCAAGGUUGAAGCUACUGGUGAAAUUUUAGAUAACAAGGAAGAAUCCGGGGCAGCAGGAGCAGCGGCUGUUGGAGGAAGUGAAGAAGAAGAAGACGAUGAGGCUACUUCUGGGAUAGUGCCUACUUUACAAAAUAUUGUGGCGACGGUGAAUUUAGGAUGUCGUCUUGAUUUGAAGACUGUAGCAUUGCAUGCACGUAACGCUGAAUACAACCCAAAGCGUUUUGCUGCUGUUAUCAUGCGUAUCAGAGAACCUAAGACUACUGCUUUGAUUUUUGCUUCAGGUAAAAUGGUCGUUACUGGUGCCAAAAGUGAAGAUGACUCUAAACUAGCUAGUAGAAAGUAUGCAAGAAUUAUUCAAAAGAUUGGGUUUGCUGCUAAGUUCACAGAUUUCAAAAUUCAAAAUAUUGUUGGUUCUUGUGAUGUUAAGUUCCCUAUUCGUUUGGAAGGUUUGGCCUUUAGCCACGGUACUUUCUCUUCUUAUGAACCUGAAUUGUUCCCAGGUCUAAUUUAUAGAAUGGUUAAGCCAAAAAUUGUCCUGUUGAUUUUCGUUUCAGGUAAAAUCGUCUUAACAGGUGCAAAACAAAGAGAAGAAAUUUACCAAGCUUUUGAAGCCAUAUAUCCCGUGUUAAGUGAAUUCAGAAAGAUGUGA